AAAAUGGCUGGUGUUUUAAAGACUGUGGGUGACUAUUUCGAAUUAGACAAGUAUCAAAAUGAGAUAGCUCCAUUUGUAAAAGAGAACUAUGAUAUGUUAUAAAAGAUGGUUUAGACUAAAGAGAAGGAAUGUUUGAACAAGAAUUUAGAUAAUGAGUAGAAAUACAUUGAAUGUAUGUAAAAGACUGCUGAACGAUCAGAGAGAGCACUAAAAAGACUCGGUAUUUUGAUGAUUAUAAUGAUGAGAAUAUGGAAUUAUGUAUUGGAAAUAAAAAACUUAUGAAUGUUUUCAUAAUGAGGCUUACAAGGAUAAGGAAUUUAAGAAUUUCGAGAGAUGCAAACCAAUUGCUAAUCGAGAAUUAUAAGAGGUCUUUUCAAGUUUUAGGUUGUGA